AUGUCGGCCCAUGCUCAGAUGCGAGCCAUGCUGGACCAGCUCAUGGGGACCGGGAGAGACGGUGACACAAUGCGGCAGAGAAUAAAAUUCACAGAUGAUCGAGUCUGCAAAAGCCACCUCUUAGACUCCUGUCCACAUGAUAUCCUGUCAGGAACUAGAAUGGAUCUGGGAGAGUGCAUGAAAGUUCACGACCUGGCACUUAGAGCAGAUUAUGAAAUUGCUGCUAAGAAGGAGGAAUACUUUUUUGAGCUGGAUGCUGCAGAGCAUCUUCAGUCUUUUAUUAAUGACUGUGACCGGAGGACAGAAAUGGCCAAGAAAAGGCUCGUUGAGACACAGGAUGAAAUCAGUGCCGAGGUUGCUGCAAAGGCUGAACGUGUCCAUGAGCUCAAUGAAGAGAUUGGAAAGCUCUUGGCUCGGGCCGAACAGUUGGGAGGAGAAGGAAAUGUAGACGAGGCCCAACAGCUGUUGGAAAAAGUGGAGAAAACUAGGAUCUCAAAGAAAGAGGCAGAGGAUGUCUACAGAAACUCAAUGCCCGCCUCCAGCUUUCAACAACAAAAGCUUAGAGUUUGUGAAGUGUGUUCUGCCUACCUGGGUCUUCAUGACAAUGAUCGUCGCUUAGCAGACCACUUUGGUGGCAAAUUGCAUUUGGGUUUUAUCGAAAUACGCGAGAAGCUGGAAAAGUUGAGGAAAGCGGUUACUGAAAAGCAAGAAAAGCUGCGAGUGAAAAGACAGAACGAGAGCGGGAGCGACGGAGAUCAAGAUCUAGAAGCGGAGAUCGGUACAGAGAUGGAAGCAGUUCAUCUUCCCAUCAUUCUCGACGCCACCGCUCAUCCCGUUCUAGGGAAAAAGGUGGAGAUCGGGACAGAGAACGAAGACAUCGACACAAGGAUAGACACCGCUCACAUUCACACUCUCAUAAGCACAAGAGAAAGAGAUCUUCAAGAGACCGCUCAUCUCAUACAAGAGAAAUGGAGCGCUCUAUGUCCCAAGAGAAGAACAAAGAAGUAG